CAAAUAAAAUCUAACAGAACAACAAAUCGAUGAAAUAAAAAUGAAGGAAGAUUUUUCUUCUUGGAAAGCAUUGUGCCAUGUUGUGCAACUAGAAUAGUUGAUAUUAAAGGCAGUGUGUCACAGACAAGUGGUGUAAUCGAAAUUUAAGGUUAAGUUUGUUAGCACGUUUUUGGAGUUGGCCGUACUUUCUGAUCACUUUACUUUGAACUUACAUUUUUCAGAAUUAUAUCCUUUCAGUUGCAUUUUAACAUUUAAAUAAGUAAAAAUGGCUAUACGAGUACAAUUUGAAAACAAUAAUGAAAUUGGUGUCUUCAGUAAGUUGACUAAUGCUUACUGUCUGGUUGGGAUUGGUGGCUCAGAAAACUUUUACAGUGUGUUCGAAGCUGAGUUGAACGAUGUAAUUCCAGUUGUUCAUUGUUCACUUGCGGGGUGCAGAAUCGUUGGAAGAAUGUGUGUUGGAAAUAAGAAUGGACUUCUCGUGCCAAAUUCUACAACAGAUACAGAACUCCAGCAUCUUCGUAAUUCCCUUCCUGAUAAGGUUAAAGUUCAACGUGUUGAAGAAAGGUUAUCUGCGCUAGGAAAUGUUAUUACCAGCAACGAUUAUGUUGCCCUUGUCCAUCCUGAUUUGGAUCGAGAAACCGAAGAAAUCAUUGCUGAUAUCCUGAAUGUCGAAGUGUUCAGACAAACGGUAGCUUCAAACGUGUUGGUUGGGUCUUACUGUGCAUUUUCCAAUCAAGGCGGCUUGGUUCACCCUCAUACGACAACUCAGGAUAUGGAUGAACUUGCAUCUCUACUCCAAAUUCCGUUGGUGGCUGGAACCAUCAACCGAGGAUCAGAAGUAAUAGGAGCUGGUAUGGUGGUCAAUGAUUGGAGUGUUUUCUGUGGGAUGGAUACCACGUCCACUGAAAUCUCUGUCAUCGAAAGUAUAUUCAAGUUGAAUGAAGCCCAGCCAGCCGCCAUUACGACAACCAUGCGAGCUUCGCUUAUUGACAGUAUGGCGUGAUCACCCUGUUAUGGAUUGUAAAUAUUAUUUGUGAGACCUUUCAAGAACACUUUCUGGGCAAUAAAUAGCAAUAGGAACUGUCAAAUAUGUCUGAACGAUAUACUCAAAUCACAUCAAUCAAUUUAUUUCAUUCAUAACAUUUUUCUAUAAAAUGGUUUUUAAUCUUUCUGUGUUUCUAUAGAGCACGUUGCCUAAUAAUACCGUGUGACCUGGCUGGCUCAGGUCUGGUGUCAGAGUUUUCAGGUCGCAUCUAAUCAUUUCAGGGUCUCUGACAUGAUCUAACAACUGUUUUUAGGCUGCCGGGAUCGACGACUAAACGUGUCCGUCCGAAACACGAGUGUGGCCCGAGAAAAAAUAUAUAAUAAAAUAUUUAUUUAAAUCCCCGGGCCGGGAUUCACAACCGGGCCUCUGAAAUAUAAAACUAGCAACAAUUAUAAUAUUGAAUACGUACUAUAUUGAGGUCCACGUUAUAAUGACAGUAUUUGAUCAACUUUGGUUUUGCUAUCCUUGUCUAUCAUUCGACAAAGCCGGUGGUACUAUCCUUUUCUAGGUCCACAACGAUGCCAAUUAUGUUUUUGACAGUGUAGAAAUAUAAUUAAUUGAUGCAGAGAAUCGGCAUCGCCAUUCUCCUAUAUUUAUCUACUGCCAUUAUAACGUGGACCUUACUAUAGUAAAGUGUUACAGAGAUGUUAUAGAUAUACCAAAUACGCAUUAUUUGUUAUUCUGGUUUAAGCUAGAACUAGUUCACGGUUGAACUAGUUGCUUGAGUAAAAAUACAAUUUUCUUCUUUCUUCAUCAUAAUAUAUAAUUUCGACCAGAUUCCAUUGUCAGGUUUAGCAAAACACAUAAUUGUUUAUUUUUAAAUUAUAAUUAGAAUUUUUCAUUUGAUUUGAGUGUAUCAAAUUGUAUCAUUGUUGAACGGAAGCUCUAAUGAACAUUGGACCAUUAAGUGACCAUUAAAUGGUCGACAUUAUGAACGGAUUUUGAAUGAAUUCUUUAAAGCAUGAAACCAAUUCUGUGAAUUGAGCGUCGAGUACAAUUUUAUCAUAAAUGAUCAAUUACACCAUUCCCACAUUGUUUCAACGUAGAUUAUAAUAUUAUUGAAAGGACUAUAAUAAAUUUUUAUAUUCUAUAACCUUA